AUGGUCUCUAUCUCGUUCAAUUCUGAAGACUACCAUGAUCUCAAUACUUUCUUUGCAUCCUUGGGUCUGAUCUGGUUUGUGGCGCUAUGGACUAUCUGGCUGCUGGGUACUUGGGCUGCGUUAAGGCCUCGUUCCCCUCUCUCGUCAGCUACUAGGACCGCUGUGCCUGGCGUCUCUAUCUUACGUCCCUUGAAGGGCUUGGACACGAAUCUUUACGAGAAUUUAGAGUCUACCUUCAUUCAGGAAUAUCCAAAUUUCGAGAUAUUGCUGUGUGUUGCCGAAGAAGACGACCAGGCUCUUCCACUGGUCAGGGAACUAAUAGCAAAAUAUCCCAAUGUCAAUGCAAAAGUCCUUAUUGGUCAAGAAAAUGUCGGUGUAAAUCCCAAAGUGAAUAAUCUCAUGGGCGGAUACCGUUCUGCGGCGAAUGACAUACUUUGGGUGCUUGACUCCAAUGUCACGGUCCAUUCUGGAACCCUUGCUCGCGCAGUAGACGCGCUACAGGCCCCCACAAAAUCUGGUAAACGUGUUGCCCUCGUCCAUCACGUUCCUUUCGCGUUUUCCACCGAGUCUAGAGUAGGUUCAAGGAUUGACGAAGCAUUCCUAAACACGAACCACGCCAAGAUGUACUUAGCCAUCAACACAGUCGCCAUCGAAUCAUGUGUUGUAGGCAAAUCCAAUCUCUACCGGCGGUCAGAUCUCGAACGCGUCAAUGGCUCCUUGAAACCUAUCACAUCAACUGAGCCGAACGCCAAACAGGAUGGUUUAUGUGGUCUACCUGCUUUCGGCCGAUUCCUCGCUGAAGACAACAUGAUCGCAAGCGCCCUAUGGCACGAAUUAGGACUACGCCAUGAUCUCUCCUGCGAUGUGGCCCGCAAUGUCGUCGGUAACAUGUCGCUACGUGAUUACGUUCAAAGACGAAUACGAUGGAUACGCGUGCGUAAGAACAUGGUCUUUGCCGCUACUUUAGUUGAACCGUUUACGGAGUCGAUCGUACUCGUCGCCAUCGGCAGUUCAAGUCUGAAGUAUUUUUUUGGACUCCCUCGCUGGCUCUGCAUCCUUGUACAUUUUUUCAUGUUGCUGAUUGUCGACCUCGACGUUUAUACUUCUUUGGCGGGGCAUCCUUUGCCACAAUCAAUCAAAUGGGAAUUCUUAGCAGGUUGGGUAGCUAGAGAGAUGCUAGCUCUGCCGAUCUUCAUGUUAGCCAUUUUUGGAAACACGGUGGAGUGGAGAGGGCGUCAAUACCGAGUUCUAAGUAAUGGCGAAGUGCAACACGUUAGCAACCAUCGGUCUUUUUUUGAUUCUUCCAAAUUCCUUGGAUGGUAUCGACGACAAUAUCAAGCUUUAGAAACCCAGCCAGUUUCACCUUGA